CUGUCGCGAUGUCCAGCACGUUUCCGGAUUAUUGUCCGUCAAGUGUUUUCUUCCCCGUGGAUUUUUCCAACGUGGAACUGACUCUGGUAGCCAAAUUUAUUGCUCGUGAUCACAUGCGGACUCGAUCUCUCGUGGCAGAACCACAUUCCACAUCACUUCUUGCGCGAGGACAGCAAGCAUUUCGCACACUACUCCGUCAUAAUAUCCCACCUCCAGACAAUGUAGUCGCUAAUCGGUACUCCAAUAUUGAACCAUAUGAUCGGACGCGCGUUGUUGUGGGCGAUCUGAAGGGCAGUCACUGCAGUGUCGGAGCCGAAGGUAGCAAGGGAAGAUAUUUCAAUGCAAGCUGGGUGCGGGAGCUGUAUGGCGGGAAGUUAUGGAUUGCUACUCAAGCACCCCUUCCGCGCACAGCACAUGUGUUUCCUCAGUGCCAUCCAUCUCUCAAUUUUCCCUAUAUGCAUUCUUCUAGUCGUGUGCGGACCGUCAAAGCUCAUGCCUAUUUUCCGUCCACUCCUGGACAAUCAGUGCUGUCAAACCCAGAUCCGACAAGCGAUGCGCCUCGCAAGGUCUCCAUCGUUCCUGUCACCUCGACAAAUCCGCAGGAUGCUGUGGUGUUCACCCAUCUGCUGUAUGCUGCAUGGCGGACCAUGGACCUUAUCGCUUUCGUUCGUCUUGGGAUCGCGUUAACAAGGAUACCUCUUCACCCCCCAUCAUCUCCGAAGCCAGACCCAGACCCUCCUAUCAUGGUCCACUGCUCCGCUGGUAUAGGGCGGACUGGAUCAUUCAUUGCGAUGUCGUCACUGUUACGCGUAUACCAUCUUUUGAGUGGCAACCCGCUCUCAAAUACCUUGACACCUCCCCUACAGCCGUUGUCCCCUUUGCCUGUUUCUCCGCUGGGUACCUUACCAAAGGAACUUCAAGAAGACCUGAUAGCACAGGAGAUUGAUAGCUUAAGAGAGCAAAGACCUGGGAUGGUCCAGAGAGAUGAACACAAUUCAUCUCAUUUACGAUAUCUUAAACCAAGCGUUUGAAGCCAGAGGUGCUUCUUGAUCAUGCGUUCAUUCAGUAUAGCCUUCAAUCUUUUCUCUACCACUACGUGGCAGCUCUUUAGAAUGCAUGAUACACCAGCAAGCUGCAAUAUCCAUCAGUUACGUCGUACAUGCUUAUUAGUUUACCGCAAAUGUAUUUGCCGCCGGAUGUCGUCCGCCUAAAUCCAACACCCGCGGCGUCAAUAGACUAAAAUUAUG